AUGACCCGUGGCAACCAGCGCGACAAGGCCCGUGAGGCUGCCCAGAAGAAGGCAGCUUCUCAGAAGAAGGGAAACACCAUGAGCGGCACGGAAAUGCAGCGCGCAAAGGAGUCUGCUGCUGAGAUUAUGCGGCAGAAGCAGGCCAACGGUGAGUCACUACUCAAGUUCUGUUUGGAGUCGCUGCUCCCCAUGGCCGUCUCUCGUCUCAAUGUAGCGUAA